AUGAGUACGAGCGGGACGGAGGAGCAAGGGAAGGACGGGCGAGGGGAGGAGAUGUUGAGGGUUGUGAAUUGUACGGUGGGCGAGGACGAGCAGAGGGUCUGGAAGGCGUUCGUGAGGGACGUUGAGGGCAAGGCUUAUGUGAUGAUUGUGGGACUGGCGGGAGUGCUUGUUGCGGUCAAUGUCCUGGUCCUUUCGUGGGAAGUGAGGGUCGCUCUGAGUCUCGUCGUCGCAGGCCUCGUCACCUACACCCUCACGACCCGCCUGCACUCCGCCUCGCUCGACUACCCCUCCUACCUCUCCUCACUCUCCUCCUCGCGCUUCUCUCACCCCGCCGACCCCUCUUCAGCCGCCAACAAGAAAGAAUACGAAUCAGCGGAAUGGAUCAAUGCGGUGCUGGACAAGCUUUGGCCGAUUGUGGAUCGCGGAUUGUUUGUUGCGGGCAUUGAUUUGAUGGAGGAUGCGAUGAAGGCCUUGACGCCGCCCGUGGUGCGCUCCGUCCGCGUCACCUCCUUCGAGCAAGGCACCCACCCCGUCCGCGUCCUAGGCUUCCGCAUCCUCCCCUCCUCGCCCACCUCCUCAUCCUUCGCCUCCUCCUCCUCGGCCUCACCCAUCUCCUCCUCCAAACCCCCCUCCUCCUCUCCACCCUCUACCAAACCCCCUCUCGGUACCUCCGCCCGCCUCGCAGGCCAAGGAGACGCAGAAGGCGAGAUAAGCGGGUCGACGCACAGCGCUUGGAGUGAUCCGUCGGAUCCGCAGCCGGCGCCGUGGGCGGCGGAUGCGGAGGAACAGGGAGAAGGGAAGGAGGCCGAGAGCGUCGAGAUGGAGGUUGAGGUGGCGUAUAGGAGGAAGGUGGGCGUUGUUAGGAAGGGGAAGGGAGAGACGGAUGAGGAGGGGGUGAAGAUGGGAAGGGGGACGGCCGAUGCGGAACUGGGAGAGGGCAAGAUCGAGCCGGAUGAUCCGAGCGAGAACAUGCAUUUUGUCGCCUACGUCGGCAUUGGCGCACACAAGAUUGCGACGCUUCCCGUUCCCGUCCUCAUCGCCAUCACUUCCCUUCGCGGCACGAUGCGCUUCCGGCUCCAGUUCACUCCCGAGCCGCCCUUCAUCAAGACAAUCACGUUCGGCUUCGAGGGGAUGCCCCAAGUCGAGAUGAGCGCUCAUCCUCUCCGCGGUUCGCUCGACGUCCUCUCGCUUCCGCUCCUCAACACCUACGUCUACAAGGCCGUCGAGUCGGUCAUCGCCAACUUCGUCUUGCCCAGGAACUACGGGCUCGACAUCAGGAAGGUCCUGCUCGGCGGAGACGUCGCGAUCAAGACCCGCACGAUCGGCAUCGUCGUCCUCGUCGUCCACUCCGCCUCUCACCUCCCAGCGCCUACAAAGACCGCCGCGCUCCUCCCGACACGCAGGCCGGGCAUCGAUCCCUACCUCCAAGUCUCGUGGGCGGGGAUGGGCAAGUCGCUGUAUAGGACGAAGGUUGUGCGGGCUGUGAAGGAGGGCGGGGAGGCGAGGUGGGAGGAGAUGUGCUUCGUCAGGGUGCCGAGUGAGCCGGUGCAGGACGACGCGAAGAUUCGCCUCAAGCUGAUCGACCACGACCGCUUCCGCGAGGACGACACUAUCGGCUACGUCGACAUGCCCAUCCGCUCACUUCACUCGAAGCCCGGCGAGUGGAGCAAGCGGCAGGACAAGCUCGUUACAAUCGAGAAGGGCGACAAGGGCAAGGUCAACCCGAAGGUGGCUGCGGGUGGCGAGGAAGGCGAGGAGGAAGCGACCGUUGUCGAGUACAGUGCAGCGUUCUUCCCGCUCGUUGAAAAGCUUCCGAAGAAGGACGGAGAGAAAGCGGAGGUCAAGGAGGACAAGCACGAUCCGCUAGCCUCGACCGACUUCGGCGCCCGCAAGUUCGAGGAGGAGGAAGAGCACGAGAAGAAGAAGCGCGGCAGGCUUGAGGCGCUGCAAGAACUCCUCGCCGGCCGUCAACCUGCUCCUCGCUCUCAUCCGUCCGGCAUCCUCUCCUUCCAAGUCCACUCGAUCGCCGACCUCCAGCUCGAGAAGCACUCGGGACCGAUCAAGGCGGGCAUGCAGAACCUCAAGAUGGGUCCGACGAAGGCGGUGCGGAAGGCAGAGUUGCCGAGCAGCUACGUCCAGGCAUUCGUCAACGACGAGAUGAUCUUCCGGACGAGGCUCAAGCCGUUCUCCUCAGCUCCUUACUUCAAUGGCGGCAGCGAAGCGUUCCUUCGCGACUGGACGAACGCGAACAUGUCGUUUGCAGUGAUGGACUACAGGAACCGCGAUCACGACGUCCUCGCCGGCUACGUUUCGAUCAAUCUCGGCGAGGUGCUCAGCGAGACGAGUCAGCACUCCAAGUGGUACCCCCUGCUCGGCGGAAGUGGCAGCGGACGCGUUCGCAUCUCGCUGCUCUUCAAGCCGCUCGCCAUCGACAUUCAUCCCUCCCUGCGCGAAUGGUCCGUCGGAACCGUGCAGAUCGCUUCUGCCUCGCUGUCGGGUCUGCACGAGCGCAACUUUGCCGGCGGUUUGAGGUUCGAAACCGAGGAGGGUACUUCUGCGAUUGUCCCGGCGGUGGAUAGGCAGGAUGCAUCGGAAACGGACGCCUUAACCUUCGACUUCUCCUCCGGUCCCAUCGUCCUCCCCGUCCUUUCUCGCAUCGCGCCUGUUCGCGUCAGCUUGUACGGCGCUGCGAUGACGGGUGCCAAGUCGUCCAAGAAGGCGUUUGCGAGGGGGGUCUUCGUUGUCAAUGAGGUGAUGAGGGGCGAACCAGACGAAGUUCGGAUCACGCUCUCGAGAGCGAAAGAUCCCGUCCUACCCUGCCCUCACCCUCUCCCUCAGCUUCUCGACAUCCCUGUAACGGAGUCGCCUGCCGAAGCCAACACCAACGAGACCACCUCCUCACCGCGACCUUCAUCCGCUUCGGAAACGGCACACCCCGGACAACCGACGAGCCAGGAUGACCUCGUCCUCACCCUCCACCUUCGCUGGCGGCCUGGCAUGUCGAGCACCCACUCUACAGUCGUCCUCUCCGCCUCGUCCGCCGCCAGGUCGGCUUACCAGCUCUACCUUUACAAGCGGGACACGGAGGCGCAGUCGAGGCGGGAGAAGCGGGGCGAGCGCGAGCGGGCUGGGGGCGAUGCGAUGGAGGACGAGGACGCGCGCACCGUCGAUACGUCCGCGGAAUGGUCGAGCGAGAGUGAUGACGACUUCGGCGCCGAGGCGAUCGAGGAGAAGAAGGAUGGAACGCGGAUGAGGAAGGGCGGUACGUUCCGCUGGCUCAAGCAUGGCGCCAAGGUCGCGCAGAAGAAGUUUAAGAAGACGAAGGAUCACGGCUUGACGGAUCCAGCGCCCGACACGGAGCUUCAGGCGGCGCUUUGA